UCUGUACCCUCUGUACUCCUUAAUGAAGAACUUUUUUUUUUUAGAUGAUCUUGGAAAACCUUUGGAAGACUUUAUUGGUGAGGUUCACAGAGAAAUGCCUGGUCUUAUUAAAAAAAUCUGGCACACACGCCAGAUGGGUUUGUCCCAGUCCCGGAUCACAGGCUGGAAGAAGGCCACAGGAGAUGUUGUGGCCAUUUUAGAUGCUCACAUUGAAGCCACUCUGGGCUGGGCUGAACCUUUGUUGGCCAGGAUCAAAGCUGACAGGACUGUGGUGGUGUCUCCUGUGUUUGACAAGGUCAACUAUGAUGAUCUACAUGUAGAAAAAUAUAUGCCGUUCGCUCAGGGCUUUGAAUGGGCUCUGUGGUGCAUGUAUGAGCCCUUCAAACCAGACUGGAAGGAAGGGGACGAAUCACAGCCUGGAAAGAGUCCUUCUGUGAUGGGCAUCUUUGCAGCAGACAGGUAUUUCCUUGGAGAAAUCGGUGGACUUGAUGGGGGCAUGACAGUUUACGGAGGAGAAAAUGUUGAAUUUGGGAUUCGUGUGUGGCUGUGUGGAGGAAGUGUGGAGGUUGUGCCUUGCUCCAGGAUAGCUCACAUCGAGAGAGCACACAAACCAUAUGCACCUGAUCUCAACCCAUCCAUGAGGAGAAAUGCCUUAAGGGUUGCUGAUAUUUGGUUGGAUGAGUACAAGAAAAAUGUGUUUAUUGCCUGGAACAUUCCUCUUAAGGAUCAUGGGAUUGAUAUUGGUGAUGUAUCAGAGAGGAAAAAACUCAGAAAGAACCUGAGUUGUAAACCUUUCAGUUGGUACCUGGAGAACGUGUACACCAGUCUGGAAAGAUUGGAUAAUAUCCUGGGCUACGGUGUGCUGCAGAACAGCCUUCACAAGAGGAUGUGUGUGGAUCAGGGAGCGAUUCCUGGAAGUAUCCCAAUUUUAUACGAGUGCCACUUCCAAGAACCACAGCGAUGUUACUACAACACCGAGGGUGAAAUAAUCAUAGGGAAUAUAAAAUCUCACAAAUACAGCAGUAACCGCUGCCUGGUGGAUCCAGGCUCUGGCAGCAUCCCAACUCUGCAUGAGUGCAAGGUGGCAAAGGUCAACCAGUUACACAUGAACUGGGACUUCAGACAAGGCAAAGAAAUUAGGAACAAAGCCACAGACAGAUGCUUGGAGAUCGCCCAGGGAGACAACUUUUACUAUCAACUCAUCCUUCAGAAGUGCAGCGGGCAGAGAUGGACCAUUCAGCACCUCAUCACAACCUUCUAGCUACACAGAGAAAAUCUGAACAGUUGAGACAGCAUCUAUAAGUCAUGCACUCUUUAAAUUAAGCUAUUUUAGAGCGGGAAGUUCAAAGCCAUCAGACGUUUUGUUUGCCACAAACCCUCAAGGUGGCGCAGCAAUCAUGUGGGAGAUUCUCUUAUCAGAUGACAUAGCCCGCAAAAAGAUAAGCAUGAUGAAAAAUUAACCCAUGCCAUCACUCUGACUAUCCCCAGGAUGAAAUGCAAUGGUGGCAGCAUCAUGUGGGUGGAGCUUUGUGCAACGAACUGUGAAGGAGCAGAGAUUAGAGUCUGAGAUGAUGUCCAGCUGGUACCUAUAAAAAUAAACUAUUACUCUUGUCAUAAAGCAGUACCUACCAUCCUAUGUGCAAACAACUUGAACAUAAUAAAAAGAUCAGUGAAAGUUAA